AUGCUGAAUGGUUCGGGGUGCUACGACUUCGCCGCAGGAGAUUCCUUGGGCGUGAAUUACAUGAAUAAGCUGAAAAACAAAUUAUUUAACUUUGGCAGCAUACAAACGAGUGAUGUGGACGAUGCGGGGGGUGACUAUCGGAACAGCAUGGGGAGCGUAGUGCAUGCAGGUGGGGUCGGAAGCACAAAUGGGAGUGACAGUGGGCGCGUAAAUAUGAGCAGACAUAGCAGUGGGGAGGCCAGCGGAGAGGUCACCCAGGAGGUCUCCGGAAUGAUGAGCGGAGAAGGCAUCGCAGAGCGUAUCGCGGAGGGCGUUGCUGAGGGCAUCCCGGAGAGCAUUGCACACAACAUCUCGGAAAACAUCGCUGAGUGCCCCGGAGAAGGAGCGGCAGAGCUGAUUGGCAAACAGGACGGAGGAGAGUUCGCCAGCGGAUUGGACAGCAUAAGCUACGUGAACCCCGACGUCUACUACAAGAAGGAGAAAGCGAACCAUGGCAGUGCCAACCCCCCAGUGAAAGAGAAGAGGGAACGCACCCCGAGCGACUACCUGAACAUCAAGAAGAGCAAACUGAUUAACAACCUAAAUUUUUUCAUGCGCGUCUGCUGCAACAAGAACUCCUAUAUAAAAUUUAUUAAUCACUAUUUUAACAUAAUUUAUUGCAACAACAUCAGCAUAUUGUUCAAGUAUGAGGGUAUUUUGCAAAAGUUCGAUGAGCGGAAUGAGAUGAACUUGACGGAGAAUGAUUACUACAAUGGGUAUGUGAAGCUGAACCAGGUGCCGAUAGUGAUAUAUGGGAAUGGGGGUGGCACCAGUGAAAAGAGCGGUGCCGAAGGGGACAUGGACACGAACCAGGAGUGCCUGAGGAACAACUCCAACCUGGAAAGCAGCGUCCUCAAUUUUAUUAACAUCUACGAUAACUUGACGGUCAAUUUUUUCAAUCAUAUUUUCACCAAAAUUAACAACAACGAAAUGAACAUACAUAAUUCUAAUAUAGACCUCAUCAUCCACAACUUUCUUUAUAAGAAGCAUUUGCUGAAGGAGAAUAUUUUUAAUUUGCUGCUGAACAUUAGCAAGUCGUAUGAAAUAAAAUAUGGCCGUGUUCUUGCGGACAUAAAAAAUGACGAACAUGUGAAGGAGAGAAAUGAGAAAAUAAUUUUCGAAAUGCUGAAGGAUAAGGUGGAGGGGCGUUUCACCGACUCGAGGAAGAGGGGCCGAACCCCCUGGCCUUUGCACUCUGCUUUGUGUGAGGGUGGCGGUUUUUAUGCUGUUCCUCAUAACGGCGAGGGUGGCGGUUUUCAUGGCGCUUCUCAUAGCGGUGAUCUGGGCGUGCUGUACCACGGCGUGGACAACUUCCAGAACGGCCCCUCGUACGGUCCCUACCAAAUGCGGCCCGCCGAUAGUUUUGACCACAUGCAGGAGGGACACACGAGAAGGGGAAUCGACGGAGACCCUGAGAGCAUGGCCAACUGGGGGAAGCCCGAAAUGCAUGACACAUCCCAUGGUGAGCUAAACGAGUUACUAAGUAAAAGCAAAGAAAGCGAAACUGGCGACAUUUUUUGCGAAAUAAAAGAUUCAAACAUUAACAGUAGCAAUUUUAAUAACAUGAUUAGCAACAACACGGAUGCGACUACGACGGCGGCAGGGAGUGGAACGUCCACGUCGACGGGGUACACCACUGGAGUUAUGUACAAUCGUGCGGCGGAGAUGGCGUUAGAGGAGAGGGUUGCUCAUGUGGAGAGCGCUAUCACGUCCGCCAGUUCGGUCUACGAGUCUGGGGAGAAUUGCGUCCAGUGUGGGGGUACCCUGAGUAGCGGCGUCUUGGUUAGCGGCAAUUAUGCGAACUGCCCCAACUGCGUAAACUGCCACCGGAGCGGAGAAUCCCCCCUGCUGCAAGACAUCAAGGAGAUGCUGAACAAAGAAAUCGAUUCGUACGAAGGGUACUACACCAAAGGAGUGGAUGAAGAAGAAGAGGAAAAGGAAAAAAAUGCAAACAUAAUAGAAAACGUCUACACCUUUUUAAAAAAUAAUGUUUUCAUCCCAAGCAACAAUAUAUAUACAGACUUUAUGGAAAACGGGAAUGACAUAUUUUUGAGCAAAAUAAAAAAAAGCGAUAAAGCUACCUACUUUAAGCUGAUAGAAAGAUUCGACCGCAUGUACAAUUUUAUAAACGAAUUCAAGAGCAGCCACUCGACGAAUGAGGUUAGUGAAGAGAGGGUCACUCAGGAAAUCAGCGAACCGUUCCCCAAGUACCGAAAGAGAAGAUGUAGCCACGAUGAGUACGAACUAAGAAACGCAAGCCACACGAAGAGGUGCUUGCGGAAUUGCAACAGUAAGAGGAACCAGCCGAUUAAGCGCAGCAAAAGGAUUAUAAAGAAGGCGGAGAUGUCCAAGGUUAAGAAGAUGAAGUAG